AUGCAAGAGCAGUGCGAUGUCGCGUUCCCGGGACUCUUUGAGGAGGUGGAGAGACCAGUUAAGCUGAGGAAGAAUAAGAAGGUGAUGAGGAAGGAAUCGGAUGAUACGCCGGCGUUGAAUGGGUUUAUCCGGGCCAUGAUUUUCGAUCAGCAGUUAUAUAUAAUCGACACGUACGGGAAAAUCUACUCCCGCGGCAUCGCCACCCUGCAUGCUCUCCACCGCGCAAUGCUCACCUCCCCGGAGCCCCUCCCCAACAUCGAAUUUACCAUGAACGUAGACGACAAGAUGGAAGGACAUUCGCAGUGGCUCUACGCACGACAAGCCAAGAAUGAAGAAACGUGGCUCAUGCCCGAAUACGGGUUCUGGUCGUGGCCCGAGACGAAAAUCGGGAGCUACGGAGAAAUGCAGAUGAAAGCCAUCCUGACCGAGAGCGAGUGGCCUUGGAGUCGGAAGAUGGAUAAAUUGUUGUGGCGCGGCGCGACGAUGAGCUUGGAGGUGCGCAAGAAAUUCGUUAAUGUGACCGAGGGGAAGGCGUGGGCGGAUGUGAAGACGUUGGAUUGGCAUAAUGAGGGGAGUAUGAAGAAUGAUUUGAAGAGUAUGGAUGAGCAUUGUCAGUACAAAUUUCUGGCGCACACGGAAGGAAACUCCUAUUCCGCGCGACUGAAGUAUCUGCGGAAUUGUCGAUCGGUGAUUGUGGCGCAUGAGUUGGAGUGGAUGGAAUUUUUCCAUCCGUUGAUGAAGAAGGAUGGGCCGGAACAGAAUUACAUCGAAGUAGAUAGGGAAUUUGAGGGGUUGGAAAGGAAGAUGGUGGAGUUGAUUGAAGGGGAGGAUCAGAAGGGGAUAGAGAAGAUUGCGGAGAGGAGCGCGAGAGUUUUCAGAGAGAGAUAUCUUACGCCGGCGGCGGAGACGUGUUACUGGAGACGCUUGAUUAGGGGUUGGAAAGAGGUGAUGGGGUUUGAGGUGGAGUUUUUUAAUGUGACGAAGGGGGGGGAGAAGAAGUGGAGGGGGGUACCGGUGGAAUCUUUUCUGUUGGAGAGGAGGUUGGAGUGGGAUCCUUAUUAG